CUUCUUUCUAUCUACUUAGUUCACUUCACAUCAUGCUUCGGGCAUGAGUCCGGCUCCUGCUCGAUGCCUUCGCUGUCCGAUUCGCCUCCUUCCAGACCUCCUCCCGUCCCUGUCGAAACCCAUCCGAACCGCAGCGUCGGCCUGAAAGAGCAACGAGCCCUCCCGGAUCCCACUAGGCUUGCCCCCGAAGAUGCAUACUACGCUUCAUCAUUACUGCGUGCGCGACCUUCUUCGGCCCACUAUGAUGACUCUCUACGCGUGCUAAACCCCAAUGCUGUCCAUGCUACUUCAGUGGCAGCGUUGCGAUUGCCGCCGGCUGUGCCAGGAGUGGGUGGACGAAAGGAGGUACGCAAGUUGCGGGGGACAAGCAGACGGAGAAGACGAAAGGGCGCUUGGAAAAAGCUACUCUGGGUGAAACAAUCCUAUCCUGAUAACUACACGGAUACGGAGACCUUCCUUGACCACCUCCAACGCAAUCCGCGAGUACGUCCCUACGAUUUCUGGCCUCUCGUGGCCGAUUCCACUGUCAUUGUACAACAUGUGUGCUCGGUAGCUAUCUUCGUAUGCUGCUUUGUUGGCAUCGUUCAGGGCCGUGUGAGCCCUGUCUCUGUGGUCUGCUGGGGCAGUGUUGGGACGGCUCUGGGAUGGGUAUUCUGGGACUCUUGGAUUCUGAGGGAACACGCGGAGAGUGUCCAUGUCGCUGAAAGAGCAUCAGAAGGUGACGAUGGCUCUAGUUCUAGCUCGAUGACUAGCUCUGUCAACCCUUCCGGUGCCACCAGUUCGCGCCCGGGCGCGCAGAAGGAGAACCAGGUCCAUGGGCUGGGAUUAUCCAUGGCAAAUAACGAACCGAACCAAAUAGCCAGUCGAAAGGGCCCGGCAUGUGGUGGGGAUGUUGAUGGCAACACACAGGAACCAGCGUCCCCCCUGUCCGGGCCUGCGAGCGAUUCUCUUGGUGGCCUAUCUCACGAGGCGGACAUGUCGCCCAUGUUUUCCUCAAGGAAUCGGCAGCGUCUGUCCACGGUGAAGUCGGCUUUUUUGAUCUACUUCGCUUUGCUCGGGCUCAGUCCGAUCUUGAAAUCACUUACCAAAUCUACUGCUAGCGAUUCGAUCUGGGCAAUGAGCUGCUGGCUGCUGAUCAUGAAUAUCUUCUCCUUCGAUUAUGGGAGCGGAGAGGGCGCAGGCGCUACCAAAUUUCCGGCUUCCCUGUCUACCAAUGCAGCAGUGAUGGCUUCUACUGUGCUGGCGUCUCGACUGCCGUCCACGACGCAUGUGUUCAGUCUCAUGCUGUUUUCAAUGGAAGUCUUCGGACUAUUUCCCAUCUUUCGACGACAGCUGCGGCAUGUAUCUUGGACUGGUCAUGUUCUGCUGACACUGACGCUGGUGCUCGUUGCUGGUGGUGCAGUGGGCAUUACCCUGCGUGGUGGAUGGGCGGCGUUCGUGGUCGGAUCCAUUCUAGGGAGCAUCUUGACGGCUUUGACUAUGGGAGGAUGUAGCUGGUGGCUGAUCAGUCUUCAGAAGUAUAAGAAUGUGGUGACUGGGCCAUGGGAUCCAGCCCGACCGAUCAUACGGAGGCACUGGGACUAAUGGCUGCGGCCGGUUCUCAGUCCCAGUCAGGUGGCCAGUGUCGACUUGAGAUUACUUUACAAGAUACCCAACUGUAUUGAGAUUUUGGAUCUAGCGCUAAUCAUCUGGAUUUAAACGCUUGAGCUCCUUUCUAUGUAAGAACUGAC